CGGCUCGCUCGGCUCUCUAGGCCUCGUCUAUCUCUGUGGUGACGGUGGCCGAGCUGGCCGGGCCAUCUGAAAAGAGUGGCGGGAGUUGCUCCACUUCUUCCCCAGUUUUCCGGGAGCUGCGUCCUGGCCCGGCGCAAAGGUGUUUCGUGACCCCGCGGGAGCGGGUGUUGGCACCUGGAGCAUCCCUCGGGGCCGAAUGCGCCGUGGACCAUGCCCCUCCUAACCCAGCAGAUCCCAGAUGAGAAUGAUUACAGCUUAGUGGCCAGCCUUGACAACGUCAGGAAUCUCUCCACUAUCUUGAAGGCCAUUCAUUUCCGAGAACAUGCCACGUGUUUCGCUACUAAAAAUGGAAUCAAGGUUACAGUGGAAAACGCAAAGUGUGUGCAAGCAAAUGCUUUUAUUCAGGCUGGAAUAUUUCAAGAGUUUCGAGUUCAAGAAGAGUCUGUUACUUUUCGAAUUAAUUUAACCGUCCUUUUAGACUGUUUAUCUAUUUUUGGAUCAAACCCUAUGCCAGGGACUUUAACUGCACUUAGGAUGUGUUACCAAGGUUACGGUUACCCUUUGAUGCUAUUUCUGGAAGAAGGAGGAGUGGUGACAGUCUGUAAAAUCAAUACUCAGGAGCCCGAGGAGACUCUGGAUUUCGAUUUCUGCAGCACCAAUGUCAUUAAUAAAAUUAUUCUGCAGUCAGAGGGACUCCGUGAAGCAUUUUCCGAAUUGGAUAUGACAAGUGAGGUCCUACAGAUCACCAUGUCUCCAGAUAAACCUUAUUUCAGGUUAUCUACUUUUGGGAAUGCAGGAAGCUCCCACCUUGACUAUCCCAAAGAUUCUGAUUUGAUGGAAUCAUUUCACUGUAAUCAGACCCAGGUCAACAGAUACAAGAUUUCUUUACUGAAACCCUCUACAAAGGCAUUAGUCCUAUCUUGUAAGGUAUCUAUUCGAACAGAUAACCGAGGAUUCCUCUCAUUACAGUAUAUGAUUAGAAAUGAAGAUGGACAAAUAUGUUUUGUGGAAUAUUACUGCUGUCCUGAUGAAGAAGUUCCUGAAUCUUAGUAUUAAGUAUGGCAAGCCACUGUGCUAUUUAUGUGCACAGUCAUGAUUGGUCAUGUCCUCAUUCUGAGUGCAGCACUCUUUGUGAUUUCUUAUUGGAUUUUCUAAGGGGAAGAAGCAUGGAAGAGAUAGGAGCGAAGUCCCUGCCCUCUAAUAGUUGCUGUAUAUUUUAUAAGUAAUGUUUUCACGUAGUCACAGAUUAUCCAGUACUGGACUAGCCUGCGGUUCUGUCUUUUGAACUCAUGGGAAUCGUUAUGAGCCAAGAUGAGUAAGUUUUAUGUUUUAUUCUACUUAAGCAGGACAUUCCAAGAGUCUAAAAAUUUAAAGUUUGAUGAAGCAUAUCUGAAAUGUUCUUUUAUUUAUUUACUGUUAGAAAAAGCAGUGGCAUACGGGCAUCGCUCCCUAAUUGGAAUUCUGGAGAAUCUGUCUUAGAGCAGUGGUUCUCAGAGUGUUGUGCCUAGAUCACCUGGAAACUUGUCAGUAACUCUGGGGGUGGGCCAGCAAUCUGUAGUUUAAAAAGCUGCCCCCCAGGAGAUUCUGAUAAGUGCUCAAGUUUGAGAACCACUGUUUUAAAGGAUACUUUUUUUAAAAUAGUCUUUAAUUGCAUUGAAGUGACUGCUUUUAACUGAUUUCUUCACAAAUGUUCUGAAGUUUAGGCUUCGUCAAACAAGUCUGAAUAAUUAUAUGAUUUAUUUUUCAAGUGUACAUUUUGAAGACAUCUGUGA